AUGAAAGCAGCAGUUAUUCACGAGGCUGGCGGGCCCGAUGUCCUGAAGAUCGAAGAGGUGCCUAUACCCAAACCGCGACCCGGCUGGGUCCUCAUCCGCAUCAAAGCCUUCGGUCUCAACCGUUCCGAACUCUUCACCCGCCAAGGACACAGUCCGGGCGUCCAGUUCCCACGGAUACUAGGCAUUGAAGCUACAGGUCUCGUCGAAGAAGCACCUGGUGGCGAGUUUCAGAGAGGUGAUGUAGUCGCCACCGCCAUGGGAGGUAUGGGUCGGUCCUUCAAUGGGGGCUACGCAGAGUAUACUUGCGUCGCAGCUGGCCAGAUCCAGAAGCUGGAGACGAAACUUUCGUGGCAUAUUCUGGGUGGUUGUGGCGAAAUGUUGCAGACGGCUUAUGGGAGUUUGUUCAAUGCUUUGCAGUUGAAGAAAGGUGAGACCUUGUUAGUGAGAGGUGGGACGACUAGUAUUGGUCUUGCAGCUGCGGCGAUCGCGAAGAGUCAUGGUGUGAAGGUCAUCUCAACUACGCGGAAUUCGGCUCGUAACGAGUUGCUGAAGAAGUCCGGUGCGGACAUCGUGGUCAUUGAUAGUGGUAAGGUGGCUGAGGAAGUCAAAAAUCAGACGGAUGGUGGCGUGAACAAAGUGCUGGAGCUCAUCGGCACGACGACUUUGCUAGACUCGUUGCAGUGCGUCAAGCCGCAUGGCAUCGUCUGCAUGACUGGUAUGGUGGGAGACAGCUGGAAUCUCAAAGAUUUCUCACCCAUGGACGCCAUACCCACAAGCAUAUGCCUAACAUCUUACGAUGGUGGGCCCGAUGCGUUCAUUUCAACUCCCUUGCAAGAGCUAGUCAAUCAAAUUGAAGCCGGCACCCUUCCAGUCUCCAUCGGCAAGACGUUCAAGCUCGACGAUAUCGUCGAAGCACAUAGAACAAUGGAGCAGAACAAGGCUGGCGGCAAGAUCGUGGUGCUGACGUGA